CCAAAGAUCAGUAAAAUAUAAAGACCCACAACAUGGGAUCACGUGCGGGACAUAUUUUACCAGGUUUUGCCUUCUUAGCACUUGGUUUGUGGCACUUAUUCAACAACAUAAAACUCUUUUGUCUACGUCCAAACACAUUCAUUUCAUCUCCAUGGUUCCCAGUAUCAAAGAUCAGGCACUUAGAGCUUUACUUUAUGAUGUUCUCUGCAUCAGCUUCCAUAUCAAUGGAGCUCUUUAUUGGACCUAGAAGACACCAUCCCUUUGACUCAGAUGGCACCAUCCCAUCGAACCAUCUCCAAAACGUUGAACAUUCUUCUAUCUCCAUGGCCUUCUUGGUUUAUGCUGUUUCCGCACUAGUGCUUGAUCGAGCACGGCCUAGAGCAGCGGCUUCCGAGGGACUAACCAUCCUAGCUGCAGCCGCUGCCUUCACUCAGCAGCUACUUCUUUUCCAUUUUCACUCUGCCGACCACAUGGGCGUUGAGGGACAAUACCAUUUCAUCGUCCAGCUCAUUAUCUUUGUCUCUCUAAUCACCACUCUCACCACUUUCAUCCUUCGGAUAUAUGUCUUUUACUGAUUAUUUUUGCUUAGUGUGGGAGACAGUGCCGUUCCAAAACUUUACGAGGCUUAAAGCCUGUCAAGAUAUGUGGCCCUUAUAAAUAAAAUUGUUAAUAACAAAAGCGUAUGAUAUGGUUUUGGUAUUGCUCGAACUAGGGACAAGAAAAUCCAACUUAUCUUCCUAAAACAUUUAAGCAACGUACAAUUUUGGUUAGUGUGGCCUAUAUUUUGGUUAGUGUGACCUAUAUUUCAUUUUUAUAUUUGUGGCCUGAAGCCAAUGCUUCAUCUGCCUUAAGGGAGGGACGGGCCUGCUGGGAGAUGCUAUUUGUGUAUUAUAAACACUCUUUUUUUGUCAAACUGCUUGCAUGGAAAUUUCCGAGUUAUUAAGCCUCUUUGGUGUUCUUCCGGAACUAUCCUGGAAAUACAUUCUUUUCAAAAGAAAAUCAUUCAGGUAAUAUGACCAAUGCGUUUUUUUUUGUAACAUGAUCUUCUUAUGAGCCAAAUUUCAAAGUGCUUAAUCUUUGUUUAAACAGGGGAAUUUUCAUGGAAUUUGAUUCAAUUCGUACAUCUGAACUAACAAAAAAAAAAGAGAACACCCCCUGAGUUGCUACCACCCCAUUACAAUCCAUGAUCCAAGGCUUAAUGGUUUGAUUUUUUUUCUUCUUUUUUUUUUUCCGUUACAGUAAUUCUCUGGUCACUAAGAACUUUGUCACUACUUUUUGAAAGCUUUGGUAAACAGCAUAGUUUUUAAAUAAAUAUAUAUAAAUGAUUAUGCCUUAAGUAACUGUGCAACCGUUCUUAAUAUCUUAGUGGAUUGACUUUAUGUGUUGCUUUUUUCGUUCGUGUAGGAAGAACAAUAACACCCCGCCAAACUUGAAAACGGUUGCAGUCGACCAGGUUAAUCUUGACUGCUUGUGAUAGACUUAUCAAGUUAACAAUUAAUCAGUUGGUACAGCC